GGUACAUGCACCGGAGGUGCCGAUUACUGAUCAUUAAUACCCUAACCGGCUACCCCUACUUUUCCCUCCCACGAAGCACUACUCCUCUCCCCUCCCUCUCCACCCCCCUCCCCCCUCUGCUCUCCGCCACCGCUGUGUCGCGCCGGCCCGUCUCUCUCUCCCCCGUCUCUCUCUCCACUGGCCCCGCCGGUACGGUGCCUGUGCCUUCUUCCCCUCUUCCCUGUGAAUCUCUUUGGUUGGUUUGUAGGAUGGAUGAUAGUCAAUCAGCAGUCUCUCAAGCAUCCAACGUUGCAGAGUAUUCAUCCACAGGUCUUGUUCCUGCCGAGUACCCCAUGACCAAUUCAGGUGGUGAAGGCCUUGUUUCUUGUGUACCUACUGCAGCUACAGAUUACGCUUUGUCAGAUUCUUCAAAUCCUGGCAACGGGAAUAUGUACAGCCAGGAUACCAAUUCUGUUGCACAGAAUGCUGGCAUGGCAUAUGAAUCUAAGCCUGAUGAUGGGGCUGCUGUAGCUAGUGAAAUUGCCAUUGGUCAUGAAACCGUGGCAGGUAUUUCUACUCAUACAACUGGUUAUGAUUCCAUGAAUGGAGCUGCAAGUGAAGUGGCCAUUUAUCAAUCUACAGGGGUUAUUGAGAAUGGAGGUUUAUCAAAUGAUGUGGGUGGUACUGUUGUUCAGCAACCAUAUGAAGAUGUGGCGUAUACUGCUGAGGAGGAAAGAUUAUGGAAUAUGGUAAGAGCAAAUUGUUUAGACUUCAAUUCUUGGACAGCCCUCAUUGAAGAAACCGAGAAGGUCGCAGAGAACGACAUUAUAAAAAUUCGAAAAGUUUAUGACGCAUUCUUGGCCGAGUUUCCUCUGUGUUAUGGCUACUGGAAGAAAUAUGCAGAUCAUGAGGGACGUCUGGACAGUGUUGACAAGGUUGUGGAGGUGUAUGAACGGGCUGUCCUGGCAGUUACUUAUUCUGUGGAAAUUUGGUUGCAGUACUGUCAAUUUGCAAUCUCAACAUAUGAAGAUCCAGAUACUAUUCGAAGGCUGUUUGAACGUGGAUUGGCAUAUGUUGGAACAGAUUAUGGGUCACACAAUUUGUGGGAUGAGUACAUCAGAUAUGAAGAAUCACAACAAGCAUGGAGUCAUCUGGCCAUGAUUUAUACAAGAAUACUGGAGCAUCCUAUACAACAACUGGAUCGUUAUUAUAAUUGUUUUAAGGAGUUGGCUGCUAGUCGAUCUUUAUCUGAAAUACGGACUUCUGAAGAAGCUGCUAUGGCAGUUGCCAAUGCCGAGACUGGUGGCCAAAGUCUUGAGAGCGAGGUUCAUCCUGAUGGUGUAGAGCAAUCUCCAAAACCCGUAAGUGCAGGUUUAACAGAAGCAGAGGAGUUGGAGAAGUAUAUUGCAAUUAGGGAAGAGAUGUAUAAGAAAGCUAAAGAAUACGAAUCUAAGAUCAUUGGUUUUGAAACAGCUAUUAGAAGGCCAUACUUCCAUGUCAGGCCUCUUGAUGAACCAGAGCUUGAAAACUGGCACAACUAUCUUGAUUUUAUUGAGAGAGGAGAUGACUUUAACAAGGUUGUUAAGUUGUAUGAAAGAUGUCUAAUUGCUUGUGCCAAUUAUCCGGAGUUCUGGACCCGUUAUGUGUUAUGCAUGGAAGCGAGUGGAAGCAUGGAGCUUGCAAAUAAUGCUCUUGCUCGGGCUACUCAAGUAUUUGUGAAAAAACAACCGGAAAUUCACCUUUUCGCUGCUAGAUUUAAGGAACUAAGUGGAGAUGUUUUGGGAGCUCGUACAGAGUAUCAGCUCUUGUAUUCUGAAAUUUCACCUGGUCUGUUGGAAGCCGUUGUUAAACAUGCAAACAUGGAAAAUCGACUGGGAGAUAAAGAUGCUGCCUUUGCUAUAUAUGAGAAGGCUAUCACUGCUGAACAGGAAAAGGAGCAGUCUCUGAUAUUGCCAAUGUUGCUUGCUCAGUAUUCACGUUUUGUGUAUCUGGUUGCUGGUAAUGCAGAAAAGGCUAGGGAAAUUUUAGCUGGAUCUCUUGAGCAUAUUCAACUGUCAAAACCUCUUCUGGAGGCUGUUAUCCAUCUCGAGUCGAUCCAGCCAUCUCCAAAGCGUGCUGAUUAUUUGGAUUCACUGGUGGAGAAGUUCAUUAUGCCCAACCCUGACAAUUCUAACAUGGCUAGCACCACUGACAGAGAAGAGAUAUCCAGCAUAUUUUUGGAGUUUUUGGAUCUCUUUGGAGAUGCACAGUCAAUAAAAAGGGCUGAAAGUAGGCACACUAUGCUCUUUCUUCGUCAGAAGAGUGUGUUGAUAUCAAAAAAACGACAUGCUGAAGAUUUCCUUACCUCCGACAAGGCUAAAAUAGCAAAGACUUAUCCAGAGCCAGGUCAGUCAAUUAUGGGGGCAUACCCAAAUGCACAAAACCAGUGGUCUGCUGGUUAUGGACAAAAAGCGCCAGCUUGGCCUCAGACUUCCCAAUCACAAGGGCAGCAGUGGAAUCCAGGAUAUGCGCCACAGGCUGGGUAUACUGCAUAUGGAGGUUAUGCUAAUUAUGGCCAGCCACAGAUGCCAACAUCAGCUCAGGGUGCUUCUUAUGGUGCAUAUCCUCCCACAUAUCCAGUCCAGGCUUAUCCACAACAAACGUAUGCCCAACCUGCACCAGCAGCAGCAGCAGCAGCAGGGGCAGCAACGGUGUAUCCCCAGCAACCAGCACCUGCUCAACCAUAUUAUGGCAGUUAUUAUUGAUUUGGUCCAUGUUUUCCAAAACAGCUAACGUUGUUUGGUAUAGUAGGAAAAGCAGGGUGAGAAGGGUUCUCUUUUCCGAUUCUGGGAACAUAAUUAGCCAAUUUGGUGGCAGGUAGCCUUGUGAAAUCUGAAGAACUUAUCCAACUGUGUAAGUGGUGAUCAUUUUGAAUACUCCGUGCAGCCUGUCUUUAUCAUGCAGAAGGUGACACAAUUGUCAUUGUUCAGGGUGUUAGCUGGUACCACUGCAUGAGGACAUCAACAGUGUAUAAUCUGGAUUUCUACUGCAAUAUUUUGAUUUUCACUUUAAUCUGCUGAACUGGAUGCCCAUUUCCAGAGACGGCGCCUGGUUGAACACGUACAACCUGUUAAUUGUACGAACCAACUGUUGUGGCAUCGUAUGCGCGCUCCAGCAAAAACGAGCCCUUGUUUUUUAAUUGUUUAGGCAGUCAUGUAACCAUUAUCAGCAUAUAUAAUGGUUGUCAGGCAAAUGAAAUUUUGUGCAGGAUUUUAAUAUAUAAACAUUUACCUAUGGCCACUUCGUUGUA